AUGUUGACUCUGACGCCGGUCUUAACUGUGUCCUACGAAGUCAAGCAUGCAUUUCUGUUCAUUUCAGUCCUGGAGUUUGCAGUGGGGCUUCUGGCCAAUGUCUUCAUUUUCUUAGUCAAUUUUUGGGAUGUGCUGAAGAGACGGCCCCUGAGCAGCUGUGAUCGGAUACUGCUGUGCCUCAGCAUCACCCGGCUUUUCCUGCACGGGCUGUUGUUUCUGGAGGCCAUCCAACUUGCCUGCUUCCAGAAUAUGAAAGAGCCACUGAACCACAGCUACCAAACCAUUGUCAUGCUCUGGAUGAUCGUAAAUGAAGCCAGCCUCUGGUUCGCCACCUGCCUCAGUCUCCUCUACUGCUCCAAGAUUGUCCAUUUUUCCAAAACCUUCCUGCUCUGCUUGGCAAGCUGGGUCUCCAGGAGGACCUCCCAGAUGAUCCUGGGCGUUCUUCUUUCCUCCUGCAUCUGCACUGUCCUCUGCUUUUGGGACUUCUUUAGAAGAUCUCACUUAGCAGCCACAACUAUGCCAUUCACGAAAAAUAAUACAGAACUCAAGUUGCAAAUUACAAAACUCAACUUCUUUUAUUCAUUUCUCUUCUGCUAUUUGGGGUCUACCCCCGCUUUUCUUUUAUUCCUGGUUUCUUCUGGGAUGCUGAUUGUCUCUCUGGGGAGGCACAUGAGGACAAUGAAGGCCCAUCUCAGAAACCCUUGCGACCCCAGCCUGGAGGCCCAUGUCACAGCCCUCAAAUCUCUUUUAUCCUUCCUCUGCUUCUAUGUGGUAUCAUUCUGUGCUGCCAUCAUCUCAGUGCCCUUACUGAUGCUGUGGCAGAACAAGAUAGGGGUAAUGGUUUGUGUUGGGAUAAUGGCAGCAUGUCCCUCUGGACACGCGGCCGUCCUGAUCUCCAGCAAUGCCAAACUGAGGCAAGCCAUGCAGGCCUUUCUCCUCUGGGCUAAGAGGAUCCUCAAGGUAAGAGCCAACUACAAGCCAGGUCCCAGGACACCUUGCUGA